AUUCUAAUGGAAUUUUAAGAAAACAGAAAAAUAAAGGUCCCAAUUAUAGAUGUCAAGUCACUAUGUGACUGCAGGUAGAAUGUAUGCUAUGUGGAAAAUUCUAAACUAAGAGAAACCUAUGGGAAAAUAAAGAUGUACAUUUUAAUGAAUAUGUCAGCAUACUGAAUUAAAGGACAUCAAUGCAAGCCUGAAGAAAAAGUAAUCGCUUCCUUUUAAGCCAUGGCAUAUCAGUUAUACAGAAAUACAACUUUGGGGAACAGUCUUCAAGAGAGCCUUGAUGAGCUCAUACAGUCUCAACAGAUCACCCCCCAGCUUGCCCUUCAAGUUCUACUUCAGUUUGAUAAAGCUAUAAAUUCAGCAUUGGCUCAGAGAGUCAGGAACAGAGUCAAUUUCAGGGGCUCUCUAAAUACAUACAGAUUCUGCGAUAAUGUUUGGACUUUUGUAUUGAAUGAUGUUGAAUUCAGAGAGGUGACAGAACUUAUUAAAGUGGAUAAAGUGAAAAUUGUAGCCUGUGAUGGUAAAAAUACCGGUUCCAAUACCACGGAAUGAGUAGAGAAAUUGGGCUUUUUUAUGCCACCUUCUAUUAUUUUCAUCACUUUUUGAAGAGAAACAUAGAAGAGACUUUUUUUAUUUAUUCUCACGGUGCAGAAAUAACAACACUGUGCUAUAUAUACUUACCCAAGGGUUCCACAGAGAGAAGCAUGUGACUCUGUUCUCUUAAAUGACCUUUAGUACACAGCAUAAAGAAAUGUAACUUUUUUUUAAUGACAAAUCAAAAGCGGUUGCCUUCCUAAGCAUAUUCUUCAAUAAAACUCGUUUUAAAACUU